AGCCAGAGCCGCGGCUGCUGCGGACUCAGAGCUCCCUUCUGCCUGCUCUGUGGGGGCUGUGAGCUGGGGGGGACCAUCCGCCGGCCCCAGCGUGGCCCCAGGGACAGCACUCAGCGAAGAUGACAUGGAUCUGUCUGUCCUGCAUGCUCUGGCCAGAGGACCUGGAGGCCCCCAAGACUCACCACUUCAAGGUGAAGACCUUCAAGAAGGUGAAGCCCUGUGGCAUCUGCCGACAGGUCAUCACCCGGGAGGGCUGCACCUGCAAAGUCUGCAGCUUCUCCUGUCAUCGGAAAUGCCAGGCCAAGGUGGCUGCCCCCUGCAUUCCUCCAUCCAGCCAUGAACUGGUGCCCGUCAGCACUGAGACUGCUCUGAAGAAUGUAGUGGACACGGGAGAAGGAACCUUUCGGGGUGGAAACACACGGAAAAACCUUGAGGAAGAUAGUUCCACCAGAGUUACACCAAGUGUCCAGCCUCAUCCCCAGCCCAUCAGAAACAUGAGUACGAGCCGGACCACGGAAGACAGCUGUGAGCUGGACCUGGUGUACGUCACCGAGAGGAUCAUUGCCGUCUCCUUCCCCAGCACAGCCAAUGAGGAGAACUUCCGGAGCAACCUCCGCGAGGUGGCCCAGAUGCUCAAGUCCAAACAUGGAGGCAACUACCUGCUUUUCAACCUCUCUGAGCGAAGACCCGACAUCACGAAGCUCCACGCCAAGGUCUUGGAAUUUGGCUGGCCUGACCUGCACACCCCGGCCCUGGAGAAGAUCUGCAGUGUCUGCAAGGCCAUGGACACCUGGCUCAAUGCAGACCCCCACAAUGUGGUCGUCCUACACAACAAGGGAAAUCGAGGCAGGAUCGGCGUUGUGAUCGCGGCUUACAUGCACUACAGCAACAUUUCUGCCAGUGCUGACCAGGCCCUGGACCGGUUUGCAAUGAAACGGUUCUACGAGGAUAAGAUUGUACCCAUUGGCCAACCAUCCCAGAAGAGGUACGUGCACUAUUUCAGCGGCCUGCUCUCUGGCUCCAUCAAAAUGAACAACAAGCCCUUGUUUCUGCACCACGUGAUCAUGCAUGGCAUCCCCAACUUCGAGUCUAAAGGAGGGUGUCGACCAUUUCUCCGGAUCUACCAGGCCAUGCAACCUGUCUACACGUCUGGCAUCUACAACGUCCAGGGAGACAGCCAGACCAGCAUCUGCAUCACCAUUGAGCCUGGGCUGCUCUUGAAGGGAGACAUCUUGCUGAAGUGUUACCACAAGAAGUUCCGGAGCCCAGCUCGAGAUGUCAUCUUCCGCGUGCAGUUCCACACCUGUGCCAUCCAUGACCUGGGAGUGGUCUUUGGGAAGGAGGACCUUGAUGAUGCCUUCAAAGAUGAUCGAUUUCCAGAAUACGGCAAAGUUGAAUUUGUAUUUUCUUAUGGACCAGAGAAAAUUCAAGGCAUGGAACACCUGGAGAAUGGGCCGAGUGUGUCUGUGGACUAUAACACCUCUGACCCCCUCAUCCGCUGGGAUUCCUAUGACAACGUCAAUGGGCAUCGAGAUGAUGGCAUGGAGGAGGUUGUGGGCCAUACCCAGGGACCCCUGGACGGAAGCCUGUAUGCCAAGGUGAAGAAGAAAGACUCCUUGCACGGCAGCACCGGGGCUGUCAACGCCACGCGGCCCGUGCUGUCUGCCACCCCCAAUCACGUGGAGCACACCCUCUCCGUGAGCAGCGACUCGGGCAACUCCACAGCCUCCACCAAGACAGACAAGACCGAUGAGCCUGCCCCCGGCCCCGCCAGUGCCCCUGCUGCCCUGAGUCCCGAGGAGAAGCGCGAGCUGGACCGCCUGCUCAGUGGCUUCGGCUUGGAGCGGGAGAAGCAAGGCGCCAUGUACCACCCUCAGCAUCUCCGGUCCCGCCCAGUGGGAGGCCCUGCCGCGCCUUCCUCUGGCCGCCACAUCGUCCCGGCCCAGGUUCACGUCAAUGGCGGGGCCUUAGCGUCCGAGCGGGAGACGGACAUUCUGGACGAUGAGCUGCCCAACCAGGAUGGGCACAGUGUGGGCAGCAUGGGCACCCUGUCCUCCCUGGAUGGGGUCACCAACACCAGUGAGGGUGGCUACCCGGAGGCCCUCUCCCCACUGACCAACGGUCUGGACAAGCCCUACCCCAUGGAACCUAUGGUCAACGGUGGGGGCUACCCCUAUGAGUCUGCCAGCCGGGUGGUGCCUGCCCAGGCUGGCCACACAGCCCCCAUGAGACCCUCCUACUCAGCACAGGAGGGUUUAGCUGGCUACCAGCGGGAGGGACCCCACCCAGCCUGGCCACAGUCGGCGACCACCUCCCACUAUGGCCAUGACCCCAACGGUAUGUUCCGCUCUCAGUCCUUUCCUGAAACGGAGCCCCAGCUGCCCCCAGCUCCAGCCCGUGGUGGGAGCAGCCGGGAGGCUGUGCAGAGGGGCCUGAAUUCCUGGCAGCAGCAGCAGCAGCAGCAGCAGCCUCGCCCACCUCCUCGCCAACAGGAAAGAGCCCACUUGGAGAGCCUCGGGCUCAGCAGGCCCAGCCCCCAGCCACUGGCAGAGCCCCCCGUGUCUGGCCUCCCCGAGUUCCCGCGCGCGGCCUCCCGGCAGGAGAUCGAGCAAUCCAUCGAGGCCCUCAACAUGCUGAUGCUCGAUCUGGAGCCAGCCACGGCGGGCGCCCCCCUACACAAGUCCCAGAGUGUGCCUGGGGCCUGGCCGGGGGCUUCUCCACUCUCCUCCCAGCCCUUCUCUGGCUCCUCCUGCCAGUCCCACCCACUGACCCAGUCCAGAUCUGGCUACAUCCCCAGUGGGCAUUCCUUGGGAACCCCUGAGCCAGCCCCCCGGGCCUCCCUGGAGUCCGUUCCCACUGGCAGGCCUUACUCACCUUAUGAUUAUCAGCCGUGUCCGACUGGGCCCAACCAGAGUUACUGUCCAAAGAGCCCGGCCACCUCCUCCCCGUCUGCCUUCCUUCCAACUACCCAGAGCUCUCUGGGGCCUCAGCAGCCCCCAGCCUCUCUCCCUGGCCUCACCACUCAGCCUCAGCUCCCACCAAAGGAGGUGACUUCAGACCCAUCCCGAACUCCAGAGGAGGAACCAUUGAACUUGGAGGGGCUGGUGGCCCACCGGGUGGCAGCGUACAAUGCCAGGCUGCAGGGCACUGGGCAGAGAGUCAGCUCCUGGCACCCUCCUCUCCACCGGCUCCGAUCUUCCUCUCUCUCUGGGGUGCAGGCUCGGGAGAAGCAGCCUGCAGAGCCCCCAGCACCUCUCCGGAAGCGGGCUGCCAGCGAUGGGCAGUACGAGAACCAGUCACCAGAACCCACAUCCCCCCGUAGCCCCGGGGUUCGCUCGCCUGUCCAAUGUGUCUCCCCAGAGCUGGCUCUUACUAUCGCUCUCAAUCCUGGAGGACGACCCAAAGAGCCCCAUCUGCACAGCUACAAGGAGGCCUUCGAGGAGAUGGAGGGAACCUCUCCGACCAGCCCACCACCCAGUGGGGUGCGUUCCCCUCCAGGUCUGGCCAAGACACCCUUGUCUGCUCUGGGCCUGAAGCCCCACAACCCAGCCGACAUCCUGCUGCACCCCACUGGCGUCCCCAGAAGACUGAUCCAGCCAGAGCCCCGGAGCUACGUGGAGUCGGUGGUACGGACGGCGGUGGCCGGGCCCCGGACUCAGGAACCUGAGCCCAAGAGCUUUAGCGCCCCAGCUGCGCAGGCCUAUGGCCACGAGACACCCCUGAGGAAUGGGACCCUGGGAGGCUCCUUUGUCUCCCCCAGCCCCCUCUCCACCAGCAGCCCCAUCCUCAGCGCUGACAGCACUUCCGUAGGGAGUUUCCCAUCCGGGGAGAGCAGCGACCAGGGUGCACGGACACCGACCCAGCCCCUGCUGGAUUCUGGCUUCCGCUCCGGCAGCUUGGGCCAGCCGAGCCCUUCGGCUCAGAGAAGCUACCAGAGCUCUUCUCCUCUCCCGACUGCAGGCAGCAGCUACAGCAGCCCCGACUACUCACUGCAGCAGUUCAGCUCCCCGGAGGGCCAGGCCCGGUCUCAGUUCAGUGUGGCCGGUGCCCACACGGUGCCUGGGAGCCCCCAGGCACGGCACAGGACGGUGGGCACCAACACGCCCCCCAGCCCUGGCUUUGGCCGCCGGGCCGUGAACCCCAGCCUGGCUGCCCCCAGCAGCCCCAGUUUGAGCCACCGCCAGGGGAUGGGUCCGCUGGGAACCGGUUUCCAUGGUAACACCGUCUCCAGCCCCCACAGCAGCGCAGCAACCACUCCAGGAAGCCCCAGUCUGGGUCGCCACCCUGGGGCCCACCAGGUUUCCAACCUCCAUGGCAAUGUGGCCACCACUCCUGGGAGCCCCAGCCUGGGCCGGCACCCCGGGGCCCACCAAGGCACCCUGGCCUCCAAUCUCCAUGGCAACGCAGUAGCCAGCCCCGGAAGCCCCAGCCUGGGCCGUCACUUGGGAGGGUCUGGAUCUGUGGUUCCCGGCAGCCCCAGCUUGGACCGGCACGUACCCUACGGUGGCUACUCCACCCCUGAGGACCGGAGACCCACGCUGUCGCGGCAGAGCAGCGCCUCGGGCUACCAGGCUCCUUCCACGCCCUCCUUCCCUGUGUCCCCCGCCUACUACCCCGGCCUGAGCAGCCCCGCCACCUCCCCCUCGCCGGAUUCGGCGGCUUUCCGACAAGGGAGCCCCACCCCGGCCUUGCCGGAGAAGCGGAGGAUGUCCAUGGGCGACCGAGCGGGCAGCCUCCCCAACUACGCCACCGUCAACGGGAAGGUGUCCUCCUCGCCGGUUGCCAGUGGCAUGUCCAGUCCCAGCGGGGGCAGCACCGUCUCCUUCUCCCACACUCUGCCCGACUUCUCCAAGUACUCCAUGCCAGACAACAGUCCUGAGACACGGGCUAAAGUGAAGUUUGUCCAAGACACUUCCAAGUAUUGGUACAAGCCUGAGAUCUCCAGAGAACAGGCUAUUGCCCUCCUUAAGGACCAGGAGCCAGGGGCUUUCAUCAUCCGUGACAGCCACUCCUUCCGAGGAGCCUAUGGGCUGGCUAUGAAGGUGUCUUCGCCCCCUCCGACCAUUAUGCAGCAGAAUAAAAAAGGGGACAUGACCCACGAGCUCGUGAGGCAUUUCCUGAUAGAGACCGGCCCCAGAGGAGUCAAGCUCAAGGGCUGCCCCAACGAGCCAAACUUCGGAUCUCUGUCUGCCCUGGUCUACCAGCACUCCAUCAUCCCGCUGGCCCUGCCCUGCAAGCUGGUCAUUCCAAACCGAGACCCCACAGAUGAGUCGAAAGAUAGCUCGGGCCCUGCCAACUCAACCAGUGACCUGCUGAAGCAAGGGGCAGCCUGCAACGUGCUUUUCGUCAACUCUGUGGACAUGGAGUCACUCACUGGGCCGCAGGCCAUCUCCAAAGCCACUUCCGAGACCCUGGCUGCUGACCCCACACCAGCUGCCACCAUCGUUCACUUCAAAGUUUCUGCCCAGGGAAUUACGCUGACUGACAACCAGAGAAAGCUCUUCUUCAGGAGACACUACCCCCUCAACACCGUGACCUUCUGUGACCUGGAUCCACAGGAGAGGAAGUGGACGAAGACGGAGGGAGGUGCCCCUGCUAAGCUCUUUGGUUUCGUGGCCCGGAAGCAGGGCAGCACCACGGACAACGCCUGCCACCUCUUUGCUGAGCUUGACCCCAACCAGCCGGCCUCCGCCAUCGUCAACUUUGUCUCCAAGGUCAUGCUGAGUGCUGGCCAGAAGAGAUGAGCCCCUGCCACCCCUUGCCCAGGGCCAGGGCAGUGGGGAUGGGGCAUGUGGGGAGGGGACCCAUGAAUCCUGACCAUCCUUGAACCCAGAAGGAGGACUUUGGGCCAUUUUGGAGAAGGAGAGAAGAAAGUGUCACGUGGGGAGAGGAAAGUGAAUUGAGCGGGGAGGGGGAGAGAGAGAGUAAGAAAGAAAGAGAUGGAGGAGAAUAACUCAGAUUCCCCUGGGGAGAUGGAUACUGCAAAACCCCCAGAGCCUCCAAAACUUACCAGGUCCACCUAAAUCCCCCUCCACCCUCUGAUGGAGCUCCUCGGGGGAGACAGGACUGAUCUCCUUGGAGACCCACAUUUUGAAUGAAAAUGGAAAAGCUCUUUCUCCCUAACCCAGCUGCUUUGCAAGGAGAAAUCCCAUGGAGAAUCUUUCUCUGGCCACCUCUGGGGUAGAUCACCAAGCCAAAAAGAGCCUGCAUGGGAUGUCCAGCAGCAGAACUUUUGCUUCUGAAAGUAUCUCAGACCCCAGGCACCUAAGGUCUCUUUGCUUUGCCUCCGAUGUACAGUUUGUGGGUGUGUUUAUGGGGUGUAUAUAUGGCCACGCCCACAUCCUCACUCACUGAUUUCUGUUUGCCUCUCAGCUAGAAUUAUAAACAGGUAUACUUGUCCCCUGUGUCUGCACACACAUGUGCACACCGUCCAAAGCAAGAAAGAGUCGGGGAUGGGGUGACAGGGCAGCAAGGAGGGGGCGUAAGUCCGCUUCCCCAGGGGCACCCGGCAUUGUAGGUAAUGGACUUUCCUGGUCCCUGCACCUGCUCUAACAGCCUUCGGGGCCGCCAGCCCCUUCUCCUCAGCAGAGACCCCCAUGGGGUGGGGCUGGCCACGCUGCAGCGUUCCCCCUGACCUGCUGGCACCUGGAGGCUGGGACGUUGGUUUGAGGAGAUGAGGACAGAUGUGUCCGGGGCUUUGGGGGAGAGACCCCUCAGGAAGGGUGGCUGCCCAGCUCGGGGAGCCUUUUCCGAGGCGUGUGGCCCAGCCUCGGGGCAGGCAGGGGGCUCCCUUCGCUUCCAGUCCUCAGCCCCUUCUUGGCUUUCGUGUCCCAGAUCAGCCGUUCUCAGAUGUGCCCCCGUGUUCAGGAUGCCUUUAGGGUGCUGUGGAACGGGCCUUCCUGCCCUGCCCUGUUCUGUCCUGCAGGGUCCCCGUGUUGGGGCUCAUCCCGGGACCUGCUUCUAGAAGCCCUGCUUGGCGAGACCCAGGGGAGACCCCUGUAGUUCCUGUCCCCCCUCUGUAAGGCUGUGGAGGUCUAAUUUUGCUGGGCUGCCCAGGGGAGCUGGCCAGAGCUCUGGGGGCUGCUUGCUGCACACCACAUGGCCUGCUCUGACACCAAAGCCUUGCUCCCCACCCUUCUCCCUUGUUUCUCCCCCAAAGCCCAGCUGCCGUGGACCGGAGGGCAGAAGGCACACAUUUAGGUCGAAGGGCCGAGAGUCCAGCUGGGCAACUGGGAACCCCCUGACCACCACCCAAGCACUCUAAGCCGGAUGGAAGAAUCCACCAGGACUCCAUCCUUGAGUAGAUUCUUAAGCCUCUGGGUUCCCUAGAGAGAGGCACUGUACUGAUAUAUAAAUAUAUAUAAUAUAUAUGUGAGACAUACUGACAGAAUCUGUAAGCUAAUAAAAUAUAAGAAAAGGUUAAAAAAAAAAAAAAAAGAAUAGGCAAAUUGACAAGAAGUAUUUAUUAUUUUCCCAUACUGCUUUGUUGCCUUCCUGGCAUAAUCCAAUCCCUGUCCCUCUCUGUGUUCCAAGCAAAGCCUAAAAGGUCAGGGCCUUCAUCCUUGGAGCUAUCAGGGGUCUCCUUGAGCAGGCCUUGGCCUUCCCUAGACUCUGAUGGGGGCUCCGCAGAGAGGGAGUGCAUGCGUUUCACCCCCUUCAUCCCUUCUCAUUUUUGGCAAGCCCAGGCCUGGCUGUCAGACCCCAGAGAUGACGGGGGAGCUGCCCGCCUCCUUGCGGGCCCUGCAAGGGCAGGUGCGUGAGCCUGCAGGGACAGGGGUGCGCGUGGUGGGCGUGGGUGACGCGUGCGUUUGUAGUUUUUCUUUUCCAAGAAGCUGUAUCUGUGUGGACGUUCUGUUUCAGGGAGUUGGAAAGGAGAGCGUCUGAAGGUGGCGGGGAGCAUCCCCCUCCACCACCCCACUUUCCAAAGAUGGAAACCUUGAUCUUGGUGACCGAGGUUCAUCCCAGGGGCUCUUCCUUCUGAGGCCUUCAAGCCAGACACCCCGAUUUCCCCUCUUUCAUUCCCUACCUAACCCCAACUGUCUUCCCAGACAGAAGAGGAUAUUCCCACCUACUUCCUUUGUAAAUCUCCCACUGGACUGCCCGGGGACUCUUUUCCUCCUGGUCUGGAUGGCUGGGCGGAGCGUCAGACCCCUCACACAUGCUUUUCCACCGCCCACCAGCAGCCCACCACCAGGAACGACCAGCCAGACCCCACCCCACUCAGGCCUGGACCGUGUGCGACUCUGGGAAGGCCCCAAGAGAUGCUGGAAAGCCGAUCCACCCCCUGCCCCACAUGCUUCUGGAGGGAGCCCGUUUUCUAGCAUGUGGCCUGUCCAGAAGAACGAUGGGGAAGGGUUACCCCAGUCUCCACCACAGCCUCACCUGGGGGUCGGACAGCGCUUGGGAAGACACCGUAACCCUCCGUGUCUCACAGGUUAGGCCCGUGCACCCUGCACCCGUGCACACAACACGCACGCGCACACACACACACACCACACCAUUGCAUUGCAGUAUGUUCUUGCCAAAGAUUUCCUUUAAAAGAAAGAAGCACUUUUAAUAAUUAUUGUUAUUGUUGUGUAAAUGUUUAUCCUUUUUUCUCCCCACUCCUCCCCCUCAGUCGUCCUUGCUGUUGUUUAUUGUUGAAUCUGUUCGUCAGCCAGGAGAGUGCCAUUUCUGGUCUUGAGAGUGGGCUGGGGAGCGGGGGAUGGGACAGGGGCUAGGAAGCGUAGGCAGGAGGCCCCGGUCAGCUUGGGAGGCAGGGAUGGAGACCCCAGGCAGACCCCAACCUGCAUCUUGUUGUGCAGCCAGCCCUCUGAGGCAGUCGGGGCCUCGCGGUAGCUGUCCUGUAUGGUAUCUGGCGGGGGUGGGGGUAGGGCAGGGAAGUGACAGCCCUCCCGUUCAGCAGGGACAGAGGCCCAGCCAGGUUUAGGAGGCCCUUCCUAGAUGGAGCCAGAGGGGAGGACUGGGCGUGGGAACAGGGGAGAGGUGACCUCAGAGGGGAAGUGGGGAGGAAGGGAGCUGCUGGAUGGAGCUCCAGGGGUGAGCGAUGCCCCUGCCCUGCGAUUGAUCGUGGUGUUCUGGCUGCCAGCCAGGUGUUCCAGGGACAGAGACUUUGUGUCCUAGAUUUGGGAAAGGCCUUUUGACCCAGGGCCUCAUUGGAAGUUCUCCCACAGCAGUUCCAGAUGCUUGUGGACUGGCAGGAUUCCUUCUCCCCUGGCAGGGUUUGGAGGGAUCCCUGGGUGUGUCAGAGACAGACAGGAUGGGGUGGGGGCCCCAUGGCUGCGUGACUAUAAGGGGGAGCUGGUGGAACAGAUGUGAUUCUCUGAAAGGGGGUCCCAGGAGGGAGAUGGGCUGGGCAUUCUUCUGCCCACUCAGAUGGGCUGAGCAGAGGUUGGGCAGACCCCCCCACACCACCCAGGGGUCAGUGGACAAGUCUGUGCCUAGAACGGUGUCUCUGCUCCCUUUUCCUGCAUUGUCACCAGCCCUGCCUCCUGGGCCUUCUCCCCUGCUUUGGUCUUUUCCAGCUUCAGAAUCUGGGGGAGUCAAGGGGGCCAAUGUGUUUUCUAAGGGCUUCCUGCUGCCUCUACAUCUCCCCACCCUUGGGGUCCUGGGAGAGGCUGGGGGGCGGGCAGCAUCCUGGGGCCACUCCUCACCCGGGUCCAGGCCCCGGCAUCCUGAGACUGGAGUGCCCUGGGCAGUGGUAACACAGAAAGUGUGUGCGCGCGUGUGCAAGUGUGGGUGUGUGUGUGUGCGCGUAUUUUGCUUGUCUCUUUACGGGACUUAGGAGUUGGGUUGGAGGUGGUGGGCAAUGGGAUGUCAAGUUCACUAUCACCCAGUGGCAAAAGGAAUCGGGAAGCGAGGCUUGUAGGGUCCCCUGACUGGGGGAAUCUCAGCGUCAGUGGCAAUGGGGGUCAACCACACAGCGGUGCUCCUCUGUCCUCAGAUGGCCGAAAUGUUGGAGGGCCUCUGUUUACUUCCCACACCUGGGUGCUUCCCAGCGGCAAGGUUAAUUGUAGAGAGACAGCCCACUUUUGUUUCUAAUCUGUGUUCAGCAGCUGGAGACUCUUCUGUGUGCCCACGUGUGGUUCGUGUCUGUGUGAGAGAGAGCACGUGUGUGCGGGCAUGCCGUUUCCCCACCUCUCUCCUCUCUGACAUGCCAUUCAAAACAAAUGUAAGGAAUUCCUUACCCCGACUCCUGCCCCUGCCUCCCAGACCCUCUGCAGGAAAAACCCAGCAUCCUCCCGUUCCCCUGGCUGUGUAUUUAUAUAGAUGGAAAUAUACUUUCUAUUUUGUAUCUUUGUGCCUGUAACCUCUGUCACCUUGUAUAAACCCUGAUGUACGCGACUUAUCCUGGAUAUGAAUGUAUUGUACACUGAAGCUGUUCCACUCCUGUACAAUGCUCUGUUUCUUUGCAAUCCAUUGUAUGGCUUUAUAAAUGAUAAAGUGAAAGAAAAAUC